AUUUGUGCUUUUGAGUCUGGUGAGAGAGGGGAACGAAAUAAGAUUUUAGCGUAUUAUAGAGUAUGGCUUCAGUUACCAGUAUUGACGUGGACGCGACUCAGCAUCUAAGGGAUAUCUUAAAACUAGACCGACCUGAAGAUUCAGUUAAUGGAAACCAGAGGAAAUCUAACUCCUCCUUCAGCAGUGAUCUGAAUGGUCUUCUUGUUACUGAUCAAGUUGCAGCUGUGGGUACCUCCUUGUCUGAUACAAACCUCUGCAGUGCUGCAGUGUUGAGUUCAGAAAGACAGAUCAUUUGCCUAUCUGGAGAUGACAGCUCUUCUUGCAUUGAAAUCACUGCUAAAGAUGUAGAAAUCGUUGCCAGCCAUGACUCUAAUAUAUGCAGCAAAGCAAGAGGCAGCAACAAGGUCAAAAUACAGCCGGUAGCUAAAUAUGAUUGGGAACAGAAGUACUACUGUGGCAAUCUGAUAGCAGUAUCAAACGACUACAUUGCAUAUGCUACUAGAGGUGCUAAUGGAUCCGCCAUGGUCAGAGUUCUAAGCCUUACAACCGCUGAGAGGAUCUUACUGAAAGGCAUUACAGGAAGUGUAACUGACUUGGCAUUUGCACAUCUCAAAUCUAACCAUCUAGCAUGUUUGGAUGAAGCAGGUAGCUUAUUUGUGUGGCAGUUGUCAAUGACAAAUGGAAAAAUCCAAGAUGACAUUGUUGUGCAUAUACGAAGACCAGAAAACACUGUGUUAAGUAACUUCCGCAGAAUUAUCUGGUGCCCGUAUAUCCCAGAAGAAAGCGAAGAGAAUGUUGUUGACGAUACAAGCCAAACAGUUGCCUUGCUGCAUGAGGAUAAGGCUGAAGUGUGGGAUUUGGAAAUUGUGCGCGCAAACCACAGCACUUGGCCAGUAGAUGUCAGUGAAAUCAAAGAAGGAUUCAUAAUUGUGAAGGGACAUUCUGGGCGUCUAAGUGAAGGUGCACUUUCUCCUGAUGGAACAGUCCUGGCCACAGCUAGCCAUGAUGGCUAUGUGAAGUUCUGGCAAAUAUACAUAGAGGGACAGGAUCAACCAAGGUGUCUGCACGAGUGGAAGCCUCAUAACGGAAGGCCUCUGUCCUGUCUACUGUUUUGUGACAAUCAUAAAAAACAAGACCCAGAGGUUCCAUUUUGGAGGUUUUUGAUCACAGGAGCAGAUCAAAACAGAGAGCUAAAGGUGUGGUGCACAGUCUCCUGGACAAGUCUGCAAACAAUCCAAUUUUCUCCAGAUCCAUUUAGUUCUGGUAUUUUGCCUGGGCUUAAAGCAUCAUUGGAUUUGUCUGCAGAAUUCCUGAUACUGACUGAUGUUCAGCGAAAGGUUUUGUAUGUAAUGGAGCUAAAGCAGAAUCAGGAUGAAGGAAAAGCUACCUUUACAUCCAUUUCAGAAUUCUUGCUCACACACCCAGUCCUCAGUUUUGGUAUACAGGAUGUGAAUCAUUGUCGUCUCCGGAACACUGAAGUAUUGCCAUCAGAAGAAGACAACAACAGUAUCAGCCAAGAAGAGCCCCUGGAGUGUGAAUCGGUUGAAUCUGCUGCUGGUGUGCUUAUAAAACUGUUUUGUGUACAUACAAAAGCACUGCAAGAUGUUCAGAUCUGGUUUCAACCCCGUCAGAAUACUGAACCUGCUAUAUUGGGAACAUCUCAACCAACACAGGAAGAUUUUGCCCUUCCUGAUCAUAUCCAAGGCAUCAACAAGGAGAGAAUGUCUUCCACGCAGGGAUCUUUGCAUGGCUCCCAGUCAGAAUUGUGCAGGAUCACUACUGACUUCCUACUCCUUUCUACUGACUCUGCGCCCAAACUAAUGACACCUGAUGCGUUCAUGAGUCCCAGUGUAUCACUACAGCAGGGCAUUUCCUCUCCUGGAAGCAUCAUAAGCACACUUACAGCGGUUACACCCAUUAGCAAUACCUCAAGCAGUGAUACAGUCCUGUCAAGACCAUCUGAGGAGAUGACUUUAAGCACAAUGUUGCAGUUAGACACUUCGCGUGAUGGAACCCUACAGUCCAGUUCAAGAAAUUCAGCUGUUGUCAUCCCAGGAAUGUCUGAGACAUCUGUAUCAAAACCAGCUGCUCAGUUGGUGUCCUCCAACCAUCCUCUAGAGCUGCAAGAUUUGGACCCUUUGGUUGUACCACAGGCUUCUCCCACACGUGAACGUUCUCCUGAUGUCAUAUCCAGUGCAUCCACUGCAAUACCUCAGGACAUUCCAGAGAUUGCCUCUGAGACACUGCAACGUAGUUAUAUUUCUUCUGUACCUUUGGGCUUGUCUGUUGAAGGAUGUGACUCCUCCCAUCAUAGUGACAGCAUGAGCUCGGCUGCAUCUGCAUUGCAUUUGCUUUCUCCCCAUAAUCUUUCUUUAGAUCAUGGACACAGACCAAUAAUUAUUGGAUCUUCAGUAGUGGAGAAUGAGCGAAUCAAUGCACCAUCUUUGCUAGAGAGCAAAAUCCAAGAAGAUAAUGUGGAUAUAGGUUUACCACAGCCUUGGCCUGCAGCACCUGACAUUACCAAAGAGACAAGGAAUAGUUUGGACAGUUCAAGAAAUGGUCAAGACAGGGGAGACAACUCUUUUCACAGACAUAACUACCAUUUACUACAACAGCAUGACAGUCAAGAUGCCAGUGCUGAACAGAGUGAUCAUGAUGAUGAAGUUGCUAGUUUGGCGUCAAUUUCUGGAAGCUUUGGAGGCAAGGGUCAACAUCUUCCCAUUAAGGACUGGAAGAGCAAAUUAUCACCACGUUCAUCUCCAAAACUACGUCGGAAGUCAAAGAAAGAUGAAAUGGAACUGACACAAUCUCCACGAAUUUCAGACCAUAUGGCAAAUUAUGAGUUACAAGAAGAGUUGUUAUGUAUGUUGCGCAACCAACAAAAAGAACUUUGUGAUCUACGUCAAAAUCAGCUGGAACUUAUGAAGAAACUUACAGACCAUAUGGAUGCAGUGCAGAGCUCCAUAAUGGGACAUGUUGAACGUGUAAUUGAUACUCAGCAAGAGCAGGAACAAAGGAGAGUUGAGCGAAUUUUAAGUGACGGACACGAAAGGAAUGGUCAGCUGCAGGAAUACCUUUCACAACAACUUUCUCAUUCGUUGUCUGGAUCUCUUUGUAACCGUGUGGAUAAGAUCAUAAGGGAAGAGAUGAAAAAGACUAUUUCUCAGUGUAUUACCAAAACAUUGGAUCCAGUAACAGCGCAGUUGACUAGUACAGUGGCAGCAAAAGUUACUGCCGUGGAGGGGGUACUGAAGGAAAAUGUCACCAAGAUGGUUAAAUCAAAAAAUGUUACUGAUGCCAUUGGUCGAGUAGCUGCAGAAUCUCUUCAGGCAGUCAUUCAGUCUUCAUACAGAGAAGCUUUUCAAAGUAUUGUUCUUCCUGCCUUUGAGAGGAGCUGUCAGUCCAUGUUUCAGCAAAUAAACGGCAGUUUCAAGCAAGGCACCCAGGAAUAUAUGCAACAGCUAGAAGCUCAUCUAAGAAGCAGAAAAAUGAAUGAGCAGGAAACACGUGACCCUCUGGUGACACAGCUCCAACAGAUGGUAGAUAGCCUUCAGUCCAUAACAGAUCAGCUGGCAUCCAAUAUUGCUAGCAAUGUACGCACUGAAGUUCAACACCAGAUACACAUUGCAGUGGGAAACAUGCAGGACUCUAUCCUAUCACAGGUACAAAGAAUCAUCAAGGAGGAAGUGAGCCAUGCUAUGAAAGAGCAGCAAGCAGCUGUCACAUCGAGCAUUAUGCAGGCUAUGAGAUCUGCAGCAGGAACUCCUAUCCCAUCCUCACAUAUGGAUUUUCACUCCCAGCAGACUCACAUCCUGCAACUUAUGCAGCAAGGUCAAAUCAACAAGGCUUUCCAGCAGGCACUGACAGCCUCAGACCUAAACCUUAUCCUUUAUGUUUGUGAGACUGUAGACCCACAACAAGUAUUUGGGCAACAUCCAUGCCCUCUCAGUCAGCCUGUCCUUCUGUCCCUAAUUCAGCAACUAUCGUUUGACCUUGGCAGUCGUACAGAAAUUAAGCUCAAUUAUCUGGAAGAAGCAGUGAUGCAUCUAGAUCACAGCGAUCCUGUGACCAGAGACCACAUGGGGACCGUUUUAAAUCAAGUGCGGCAAAAACUUUUCCAGUUCUUGCAAGCUGAACCUCAGAAUGCUUUACAAAAACCUGCUCGACGUCUGUUGAUAAUGCUACAAGGACUGGCGCUUCCUACUCUGAGUUAAAGAUUUACACAAUAAAAAUAUUUAAUCAUGAUCCAAAAUACCAACCUCUUCCAGCAAUUCCUAUUAUCUCUUUCACUGGUUGGGAUGGAAAAUAAUAGCAUUUAUUUUAGUAUAUGUCCUGCCUUGUGUAAUAUUCCAAGUCUUCUUGACUGAUGAAAAAGACUUUUCUACCUUCCAGUUCUCACUUGAGCUGUAUCAUUUAUUUGAAUCUAAACACAGAUUUUUACUUCACGUUAUUUCUGUUUGAUAUUAUAUAUCCUAACAAUCAUAUUACAGAGUCUGGUAUGUUUGACAGAUUCAUUGCUAUCUCUAUAUUCCCUUAAACUGUGUAGGAGUUUUUCACAAUAAUUUGAUUUCUUUUAAAAUAAGUUUAAAUAAGUCAUAGAAUUCUAAAAAGUUUAUAUUUUGUUUAUCAUUAGGCUGAAUUUUAACUAUUGUUAUUUUGUGCCUGUAUGCAUACCAAUAAAGCAUCAUCUUCAUUCUAA